UAUAAUAUGUUCGAAGAAGCGUCUCUCGACGAGCGUAAAUUAAAAAUUGAAUUCCUAGUCGGGAAGAUGACGGAAGUCUGGAGGACCAUUUUCGUAACCGGAGGCGCUGGUUACAUCGGCAGUCACUGCAUCGUCGAGCUCCUAGAGUGCGGUUACGACGUGGUGGCUAUAGACAACUUCGCAAAUAGCGUAACAGAAACCGACGGCGAAUCCGCGGCACUCAAAAGAGUCGAGCAAAUAACAGGGAAGAAAGUUACAUUUUAUAACUGCGAUUUACUUGACAGAGAGAAGCUCGAGACAGUCUUUAAUCAGUACAAAAUAGAUUGCGUGAUACAUUUCGCGGCUAUCAAAGCUGUCGGCGAGUCGAUGCAAGUUCCGCUGCAUUAUUAUCGAAAUAAUAUAAUUGGAGCUAUCAAUCUGCUUGAGGUGAUGAAAGCAGCCGGCUGCUUUCAGCUUGUAUUCAGUAGUUCUUGCACGGUUUACGGUGAACCUACAGAAUUGCCCAUCACGGAAGAACACGAAACCGGCAAUAUCACCAAUGUCUACGGCCGAACAAAGUAUUUUAUUGAAGAGAUGCUCAAGGAUAUAUCCAGAGCUGAAAAGAGUUGGAACAUUAUUUCUCUGAGAUAUUUCAACCCGGUGGGUGCUCAUCGAUCGGGAUUGAUCGGGGAAGAUCCAACAAAGCCGUUUACAAAUCUGAUGCCGUAUAUCGCUCAAGUCGCUUUGAGGCACAAAUCGGAGUUGGUCAUAUUUGGUGGUGAUUAUCCUACAAACGAUGGUACAGGCGUCCGUGAUUACAUUCAUGUUAUGGAUUUGGCAGCUGGCCAUGUGGCUGCAUUAAAUGCUUUACACAAACAGCAUCUUAGGCUAAAGAUUUACAACUUAGGCACCGGCAACGGUGUGACAGUGUUGGAAUUAAUAAAAACGUUUGAGAAAGUCACUGGUACUACCGUGCCGUAUAUUAUAAAGGAGAGAAGAGAAGGCGACAUCGUAUCCAUGUACGCCAAUACAGAUUUGGCGAAAAAAGAAUUAGGCUGGACUGCGAAGUAUAACGUUGAGCAAAUGUGUCAUGACUUCUGGACGUGGCAAACGAUGAAUCCACACGGUUAUCGAACUUCGUUAAAAAACGGAACUACUGAACACCUGAACAAUACAUCGUAACAACAAAUUGUAUCAAGAAAAGUUUGCAAAUAAUUUAUAAUAAAGGAUCGA